AUGCAAUGAGAAAAAUUAUAACACACGUUAUUUAUAACAUAUUGUUUUAUUUGUUAUAACACACUUGUUGUCAUAUCGUUGUUUGAUUUGGCAAUUCAUUUAUUUUGAGUGUGGACCAGACUGUAUAAAGUAGAUGUGGACACAAUACGGAAGGUUGUAUCAGUCCCGAUUUUCCAAAUACCUAUCAUGGCAAAACAAGGUGUAGCAAAACAAAAUAAUUGUGCGGGGGUAGCCUAUGCUUAAAUAGAUGACCUCCUUACAUCAAGCCUGUGUCUCUGUCGAAAUCUAGCAGAAGGAUUUCAGAACACCUGCAUCGGAGAAAAGUGCCCUCUUAAAACCCUGUGUGGCUGUGCCUCGUGUGGUCAGCAGAUACGCCAAGACCUCUCACCUAAUCCCUAUUAGGCCCAGACUAAUCAAAUCUGAUUACGGAGCUCCCAGCAAAAUACAAGCAGUGUGAACAGUCUUCAUCUGUAGAGCAGGCGGCAAUAGACACAGAUUGCUUAUGUCUGACACUCAACUUUCAGGCCCAUUUGCUAUUUUCUUACUAUCACCUGAUCAGUCUUUUUACUUAUCUCAAAUGUAGCCAUUUAUUUUAAUUCCUCUAUCAAUUAAAACAACAAAAUGUCUGGGCAUAUUUCUGUAUUUAAUAAAAAAUUGAAUCCCAUGAAUAUAAAUAGUUACCACCAAAUAAUAGUAAAUAUUAAUAGUUAAACCCGAUAUACUAGUAAAACCCUUUGAAUCAUAAAAAAAAAGUGUACAACACAUGCAUAACAGUGUGAGACGGACAAUAUUUAUGUGGAAAGCACAAUUGAUCAAUCGACAUGACUGCUGGAUUAUUGUUUUUAUUCCUCACUCCGGUGGUAUUCUAUCCCGAUAUGCUGGUUAACUGUUGGUGAAGAUUAAGCAAAUUGGCCAUGGUGUUGCAUGUCCUAAAAUAGCCACUCUUGCAGCUCAGGAGCUUUUCCCAACUCACAGCGUGUACCGGAGUCCAUCUUUCUCCAGUGUUCAUGGUUACAAUUCUAGGAAAAUGGAAGCUACGCUUCCUCCCCAGGAAAACAUGAGCAACGCGUCCCAACUUGACUCCCUCACCCAGAGGGAGUCUUCUGUGAGUGUGCAGAGCCUGAUCUCCAGACCCUUACAGCCCAUCCCUGACCCCUCCGCCUCCAAGCGAGUGUGCUUCUACAAGAGCGGGGACCCCAAGUUCGGCGGGCAUCGCAUGGUCAUCAACGGCAGGACCUUCAAGACCUUCGAUGCCCUUCUGGACGCCCUCUCCAAAAAAGUGCCUCUGCCCUUCGGGGUCCGGACCAUCAGCACCCCCCGGGGAACCCACUCGGUCCGGGGCCUGGAGGACCUGCACGACGGCGGGUCGUACGUGUGUACGGACCGGAGGCGCGUCAAGCCUCUAAACCUGGACGUGGUCCAUCGGCGGAAGGUACCGUGGAACACCACCAGGCCUCCGAGCACCGGUCGGCGAAGCUACGGCAGGCGGAACGAGGGCCCCGACAGGGCCGACAAGAUCGGCAGAAGGGUCUCGGUACGGACCCCCAAGAGGCUGGUGGUGGUGAAGAACAGGGACAGCACGGUGAAGCGCACGGCGCUGCUGCAGAAGAGAACAGCGCCGACGUUUGACGCUCUGUUGGAUUACCUCUCUCAGGUCAUGCAGUUUCCUGUUCUGAAGCUUUACUCCGGCGAUGGCAGAAGGGUUGAUGGGCUUGCUGCUCUUAUUUUGUGUUCUGGAGUUAUCGUAGCUGCAGGCAAUGAACCGUUUCGAUUGGGAAACUACAAUACACAAACCUCGUCCAAAUACAAUGUCCAUACAAUAGCCUACAUGUCACAGUCUGGCAACUCAGAUGCAGCAGAACCAGCUAGCUUUCAGCCUUUGGCUUAUGACAACAAACCCCACUCAAGCGGAAGGGGCUCCAGGAACUUCUCCUUAUCUUCAGAGAGAUAUAUGGCUGAUCAGAUAAACAAGUCUCUGAAUGGAGGCAUUCACACUCACCAACAUCCCCACAAUGGAUCACUAGAAACAGACCCCGAUGGAAACCACACAGACAUGGAUAUGGAGACACAGGAGCCACCCCGCUCCUGCAUCAUGCCACAAGAUGAGGAUAUUGAGAAGUCCUUCCGUGUGAACCAAGAUGGAAGCAUGACAGUGGAGAUGAAGGUCCGUCUGACCAUCAAGGAAGAGGAGCUUCUCCACUGGACAACAACGCUUAGCCGCAGCAGCCUUAACAGCAGGACAGCUUGUGCCUCGAGGUCUGGGACAGGCUUAAGCUUGCCUGACUCAAACAACGUCAUGGACAAUGAUUCUUCUAGCAGCUGCCAUGAUGCAGCCAAAGAAGAAAACCAACCUGUGGCGAAUGGAAAGAGUGUUGGCUUCGGUGACGACUCCGAGAGAGCUUGUGAAAGUUAUCCUUCCACAGAAUCAGAAAGAACAAAAUCAGGUUAAGCGCAACUCAACGCCCGGUCCUCAUCAUGUUAGAACAAACACAUCGGUAGAGAGCAUCAAAACGGUAACGGAGUCAGGGGUUCGAGAGAGCACCAUAGGGCGGUAUUCAUACACAGAGAAGACAGC